UAAAAACUGUUUCCAAUCUCAGUAUGAGACUGAGAUCACAAAAAGUAACGACGACGCACUCGGAGAAGCCGAGAAGAAGUAGCCGAUCGACCAGCAAAGCUAAAUCUGGAAGAACACGUUUGUCUGCGGCUAAAAGUCCUGGACACGAUGAGUUAAGAUUAAGAAGAAGAAGAUUAAGCAAGUCUGAGACGAAGCAAGGCAAGAUAAUGUCUUAGAAAUGGAGGGAAAGCUGAUGAUUGCAAACUCAAAUCCCACAGCCCCAGUGUGAUGAUAUUUUGGCAUCAAACCUAACAAGCUAGCAGAGACAGUGGAGAACAGCUCUUGUUACUUCAAUGACGACAUUCCUACCAUGGCUAGGCAGCCCCGGCUUCGUACUCAAGCCAGGAUGAAAGCAGUUGCCGUGGAUGACAGCGAGAUGGCCUUCAAGACUCCUUCCAAAUCGAUGCUGUGUCACUCCAAGGUUCUGUCUGAGAUUGACCAGAAGACUCCACCCAAUGCCACAGCUAGAAACAUCUACUCGCCUAUUGUGCGAUUCUUUACACCAACCAAAGAGAAUAUGAAGUGUCCACAUCCAGGUAGCACUGUGCUAAUGAGUCCCGAACAUGGUGUUUUUGGCUACAGCUCCAUUGACCUCCUGGUUGGACAAGAUGACAAUGAUGUCUUUUGUCCCUUCAACUUCAUGAAAAGCAUCCCACCCCAUUCCAAACACUGUCAGACCAGAUUCAGAGACAUUGCCCCCAAGACCAGGAGCACGCCAGAGGCCACACUUGUUGUGGACUUGGAAGAGACGCUGAUGUUUAGCUCUCUGAAUGUGAUUGAGGAUGCAGAAUAUACAUUCAAUACCAAAUUUCAAGAUCACCAGUACAAGGUUUAUGUGGUCCUUCGGCCACAUGUGAAGGAAUUCCUUUUGUCUGUAUCAAGGGCAUAUGAGUUGUUCGUGUACACAUGUGCUAAGAAAGAGUAUGCAGAAAAGAUCCUGGACAUUCUGGAUCCACAGAGGAAACUGUUUCGGCACCGUCUCUAUCAGGAAGAUUGCGUCUGUCUCCUUGGACACUACAUCAAGGACCUGAGUGUGAUAAGUAGAGAUCUUGCCAAGACAGUGGUCCUGGACAACUCCCCACACACAUACCCAUACCAUCUGAUGAACACAGUCCCCAUUAAGGGCUGGUCUGGAGACUUAGACGACCGAGAGCUCCAGAAGCUGAUCCCUUAUAUGGAAAAACUGUCAGCAGCGGAGGAUUUUCGGGAGGUGUUAAAGAAGAGAAAGGAUCACUUUCACAGACUGCUGUCAGAGGACUGACAUCAUUCUCCCUGUUCACUGCUCGUCCCUUCAUUGUCCCAAUAUCAGCUAAAAUAUCCCCUUACGUGGUGACAACCGACCUCAUGAGUUUCCUGAUUUUAGAAAGUGGCAAUUUAUUCCAAACAGGCCACCAAUUGCUUCCAAACCUUGUCUUGCUCCCCAAAGACUCAUUCCUCUUGGUUUAUAAGGUUGAUGUUGGAAGCUGAAACCUAAUUAUUCUUCACUUAUAAUUUAUUGUAUUAUGAAUUGCUUUUAUCCUAUUGUCUCUUCAUGAUUUAUUUUAAAUUAAAUAAAGAAAGUGUCAUUUCA